GGGAUCGUGGGUGGAAUCAAUGAUUCGACGAUUGACUUGUUGGCAUUGUAACGCAUGCGCAGUCCCCGCUCGGUCUCUCUGCGAGCUUCUUCGCCAUGGCGCCCAUUCAGAAGAAGCAGAACACUGGGAAAGGCGGUAAGAAGAAGAAGCAGGUCCUGAAGUUCACACUGGACUGUACUCAUCCCGUUGAAGAUGGCAUCAUGGACGCCGCCAACUUUGAGCAAUUCCUCCAGGAGCGCAUCAAGGUCAACGGCAAAGCGGGCAACCUCGGUGGAGGUGUGGUGUCCAUUGAGAGGAGCAAGAGUAAGAUUACAGUCUCCUCGGAGGUGCCCUUCUCCAAAAGGUAUUUAAAGUAUUUGACCAAGAAGUACCUGAAAAAGAACAAUCUUCGAGACUGGUUGCGUGUGGUGGCCAACACCAAGGAGAGCUACGAGUUGCGCUACUUCCAGAUCAACCAGGAUGAAGAGGAGGAGGAGGACGAAGAUUAAAGUCAAGCCUGUUUUGUACAUUGAAAUAAAUGUUUUCAGUCA